AUUAAUUCAAUACCAAAAAUGUCACCAAUUAAUGAAUGGCGAUUAAGUGUUGGAUCAAUUGGAAUUUUUGUUAAUGUUGGAACUGCUUUGAUUUAUUUGCCUGAACCUUUUAUUGAAAGGGACGCUAGUGAGGAAAUUCUACUUUCAAAAGCACGAGAAAUGCCUGAACGCACACUUUCGGGAGGUUCAGCAACUUCUUGGUGUGAACUGGGUAAAUAAAAAAUAACUCAAUCAUUUUGUUUUAUUUAUAAUUUUCCCUUGCCUUAAUUUUUCACUUUUUUAAUUCCAAGUUAAUUUUAUUUAUAAUUCUUGUAAUAAUCCUUAAAAUCAUUCCAAAAUAGAAAAAUAUAUAAGAAUAGAAUUUUAUUUGAGCCUUUAAAUAGUGGGUAAUUAAUGCAUAGAUUAUUUGGUGGUACAAUGUUAAGGCACGAUUAAGAAAAGAUUUUAAGUUUUGAGCUGAUGGCCACAGAAAAGGGAUAGGGGGACAGG